AUGGUCCUGGAGAAAAAGGAAUCGAAAGUCAGCCACGGCCGCGGUUGGGAGGACGCCAAAACCAUACCAGUCUUAGCCUGGAUGGAAAAAUACACAGUCGAGUUUUUCAAUCAGCCUGAGCUCCGAAACAACAAGGACGUCUUUGCAAAGUGGCAUACCGCGGAUACUGUGCACCAAAAUUCCGACGGGAGCGUGUACACUGGGUUGGACGCAUGCUUCACAGCAAUACAGCAAAUCUACGCACCGUUUGCGGCGUUUGUCCAUGAGCCUCGUUUUUGGACCGUCUGGGAAGUUGACGGUGGAUUUGAAAUGGUCGGCCAAGCCGUGAUGUACGCAGACCUGCCUGUCCCAGGUGGUGAGAAGGCACAUGAGGAUAUGAACGGGAAGAAAUGGGACCUCGCGCUGCAGGGAAUGUUCCAUUUCUGGUAUUCUAGUGAUCCAAGCGGGAACGAUGGCUUCAAGAUGAAGCGUAGUGAGGUGUACAGUGACACUUUUCCUGCCGUCCAAGAGAUGAUGAAGAGAGGCAUGGUUCCAUCAUGA